CGUUAAAUUGACUCUAAUGCAGGAUCUGUUAAAAUCAUUUUUUUUUAACAGCAGGAGCACGGGAAAAGCCUUUCCACUUUGGAAGGGAUGGGUUUCCGGGCAGGACAAGGUUUGAUCGAGAGGUUCACCAAGGAGACACCAUCCUUCAAAGAUGAGCUGGACAUUAUGAAGUUUAUCUGUAAGGAAUUCUGGACCAACCUCUUCUGGAAACAGAUUGAUAACCUGCGAACAAACCACCAGGGAACCUACGUGCUCCAGGACAAUCGCUUCAGACUCCUCACCCCCAUCUCCAGCGGGAAGCAGUACUUGGAAGAGGCACCAAAGUUCCUAGCAUUCACCUGUGGGCUGGUGCGAGGGGCUUUAUCCAACCUGGGUAUCAACAGCACAGUCGUUGCCGAAAUUUCAGUGAUGCCAGCAUGUUGACUGCCUUGGAUCAUCUGCGCAACAAGACUCCCAACAUUAGCAACCAACUCUGAACAGGCCUUUAAACCCUUAUCCCUCUCACCAGGCCAGCACUCAGUUCCUUUAGGUAGUUGAUCAUUCAUUUGGAAAUGAGGAAGAGCUGCCAUCACCCCCAAUCGCUCACCAUUUCCAAUUUUCCUGGAAUGCAAGCACAAUAAUGGAAAUGCAGCCACAGCAGUCCUAGAAUAAAUAAAUCCCUCUCCAGUGUUUUGGCUCCCCAUUCAGCUCCUCCUACAGCACCGUCCAGGGUUCUACACUGUUCUGGUGAGACAGCAGUUUACCUGUAUUUCCUGGUGCUUAUAGGUUUGCUGUUCAUGGUUUGGUCUACAGCAAAUUGAGGAGAUUGUUAAAGACUGCAUUCUAUCCACAAUUGCAUCCCUGGACUCUGUCACUUCCCUCUUUAAUUCCCCAUCACACUUGCACUUUGACCGUCUUUGAUCUUGUAUGCUGUGCCAAAGAAGUCCAAGGAAGCUACUUUGUGUACAAACCAUGAGUGAUCUGGUUGUUCUCGGCUGUCAGUUCUUCCAUGGUUGAAUUGCCUGCCUCACUCGCACAUGAAGAAUGGCCGCUUCAGUUCAGGAUUUUGACCAGAAUGAGUUAGCAACUUCAGCAGAGAGCAGGAGGGCCAAUUACAUGUUUAGAAGUGAUUUGAUAAUUAGAUAUUUAGAAGCCUGUUCCUAUUUCUUAUGUUCUUAAAACCAUCUUGUAAAGAAUGAUUUAUUUUGCUUGUUGGAAAAUAUUAGUAAACCAUCAGUUUGUUGGAGGCAGGGUAUGAGUCACUGGCAGAGAAUGAAUGGAUUAAUUCCAUUAGCUCACAGGCAAUGCUGAGGCUAAUCUGUCUUUGAAAGCUAUACCUUCCUAUUCUGUAAACUGCCUUACAACAGAAAAGCAAAGAUUACGAGCUGGAUUUUCAGUCAGGAAGACUCCACGGACCUUUAAAAAUGGUGGGCAGGACCUGGGUACAGAAGUCCCACCCCCAUUUCCAACAGGUCCAAUUUUUGCUAGUAGGGGAUUGGGGACGGGGCUUGAUUCACACAGGCAGGAUACUUAAACUCAGCUGGGCCAUUUGAACUCAGUUCUGAAUUCAAAUAGAUGCCAUUUUGGCUUUUACAGGUGGCUUAACCUUCAGUAUGGGAGUCACAAAAUGAUGGAGCAGAUGUAAACAUUCUUGAAGGGCAUAUAAGAUCCAUCUAACUGUCGUGAUCUGAAGAUUUUCAAAUCCCCUGCUCUUUAAACUGUAAAAGAAAAGCUACAGCUGUCAGUGAGUUUUAAAAAAAAAUCUGCUCAAUUGCUUUGAUUGACAAGUGUAAGUUAGAAAAAAUAGUAGGGUCUGGUCAUGCAGUUUCGAUAGAGCUCUUUGUUGACAUCUUUCCAAGGGCUACGUUAUGUAAUUAUGAAUGUUUGGCUGAGUUUCAAAAUCUACGAUUAUCUCAGCAAGGGGUUGAGAGUUCACAAUUUGAUUGACAGCUUCAAGAGACUACAAAAGGAUCUUUGAUAUGAGGUAUGAAUAGAAGAUUGUUUGUUUUUAUAAGAGAUUAACCACAGGAGGAGAUUUAAAAGCUUUGAAUAGAUUUUAUGAAUGGGAUUUUUUUCAUUAUCAAGUGUGUAGGAGUGAGAGCUGCAUUAGAUUAUUGGAAGUUUUUUUAAAUCUCCACAUGACUCUUGAUGUAUACCCAUAGUGGAUACUGGUUGAGUGGCUAUGGAGGUAGUAUGGAGGGUAUGAAAGACCAUGGGGAAUGGAUGAGAGGCGUGAGUUGGCAUGGAGAGUAUGAGAGGCCUUGGGGGUUGGUGGGAGCAUGAGUUGGCAUGGAGAGUAUGAGGGGCCACAUGGGGUGUUGAGGCAAUGAGAGGGAUGAGGACUAGAAGGCCUAGCAUCUUCUAAAACAACUGGGAUGAAGUUCCAGAGAACCAACAUAGGCCUCCUAAACAGCUCACCUUGGCAUUUGUCAGUCCCCAUGGCUGCCUACACCCUGCUUCUCGGGUUGGCAGGUCUGACUCUAUCCCAUACCCACUAUGCUCCACUCCACGGAGUGAAAAUCACACGUUUCAGGAUACUUUUUACUGAGGCAGGUCUGCUGAGUCGGGAAAUUCCUGACCUGGGCUGCCUUCCUACCUCCAGCUCUCCUUUUUUGUAUUUGAGGCCAGCUUGAAUGAAUGUGAUAAAAUCAAUAUUUUAGGAUGUCUGAGAAGCCAACUAGAAGGACCACAAAAAGGUCACUGUUACUAAAUACUGAUUUGUUUGAUCAAUGCUUCACUUCACUGAACCUUCAGACUUCUGAAAUAUUCUUCAGUUUAUAGACUCUGACCCUUUCAGAAGCACAUUUCUCCCUCCUUCCUCACAAAUUACUGUUUUAAUUUAAUAUGCAUUUAUGUAUCACAUUAGCAGCAUCUCAAGGUACUUCAGAUCAAAUUAAUUACUUGGAACUGUAGUGACUUGUUAUUUAGGCAAAGACUGAGACUGAUUGGAUUUGGCUAUGAUUCUUCUCAUUUUCGAUUAGUUUACUAACACUAUGCAGGUUGAGUUCUCUACAUGAGGAAUUGUGGGCAACAGCAGCAGCUAUUUCACACAAAUGGCCUGGAAUGACUAAUACAUUUUUUUUUGAUGUUGUUGGUUGAGAAUGUAAUGUCCAAAGUCUCCAUUAAAGAUAAUCACAGGA